CAUGACCAUCGCGUCAGCGCAAUGAAGCCAAGCCAACCAUUCCCUCAAAUAUGAUGCAGAUUAGGAGGGUGAGAGACACCUUCUUCAAUCCCGGCCCAACCUUCUUCGACUUCACAAUAUGCCUCGGAAACUCCCAUGGGCGACCGGUGGAGGCAACACCAAAACCCAUGUGAAAUCGGCACCUGUAAAAAGAGCACGAAUAGACCCAGAUUCAGAUGAUGAUUUCUUCUCGGGAACAGUUCUUGAGUCCUCUAGAAAGGGCAAGCGGGGCAUAGGAUCACCUACAUCCCAUAAUGAGUUUGAUGAACUUCCAGUUACUCCCACAACACCAUCUCGUAAGAGUCUUGGGAAGCAAAGAGCCGAACGUGUACCAUCAAGCUCACCUCCAGCUGCAGUGUCCGACCUGCCACCACCUAAGAUAGAAUACAUGCGGGAAGGCGUGAACAGAUUUGAACUUAGAGAUGAUGAGUGGAUGAUGGUCGAGGACGAACUCCUUCAAACGGCGAAGCGGUUCACCCAGCACCUGCAUCUGGCCGAAUAUGAGCGCUUGAAGGAGCGUAUACAGACCAAGAAAGAGGUAGUUCGACCGGUAGUCCCAAGCGCAAAGCCCUCAGACGAACGAAAGUUUCAGAUGCGGGCCGAGAAUCAGGCUAAGGCGCAGAUGAAGGCAUUGAAAGACAUACAAGAUGAUAAACAUCUCUUGAAGCCAUCAUCGUCCAGGCUUGGCCCUACCCCUGGAUUGACGGGAUCCGGCAGCUCCAGUAAAAGACGCUCGUCAGAAACGUCAGACAGCGAAGACCUGGACGCACCCAUAAGGCCUGCUCCGCCUUCACGGGCUACGAGUUCAACGCCCUUCGCUAAGCCUGCGCUUCCUGCUGCAUCACUAUCUGCAGCCACCAGAUCGUCGCGUCCGAGCACUUCGGAACCUCCGGGAAAGGUGACUGAUCGUUCCUCAUUCCCUGGGAGUCGUGAGCCCUCAUCCUCAAUACGGUCCUCAUUUUCUGCCAAACUUGCUACCCAAACCUCUCUCCGCUCCUCGCCGCCCACCAGGUCCGUGACCCGAACUUCAGGACCCUCACAAACGACACGAACACGACCAUCAGCCCGGCUGGCACGAUCUUUUAAUAUCUUUGACGAUGACGACGAUUUCUUGAAACCUUCUCCACUUCCAAAGGAGCAUGCCGAACGGCUUGCGAAGAGGAAGGCCGAGAAAGAGAAAGAGGAGGAGGCGAAGAGGAAGAAGACCAUUGCACUCAAUGAUAUCCCGACGUUUUUGUUCUGAUACCAGCUUGUUUUCCCAGGUUGGAUUCCAUGCUAGGAUUGGAGACUAUUGUGUAACCUAUGCCUUAGUAGGCUUGGUGACGGCCUAUGACUCGAUGAUACCAGAUGCACAGCGCCAAAGGCUCGGUAUUUGGACUUGAUAUACAUAAUAAUACAUUUCACACAUUUCAUCCAUGCAU